AUGGACAACCUAACCCCAUCCGACCUCUUCUCGCCCUCCAAGGCGCGUCGCACUGUGCCCACAUUUGAGCGUAACGAUGAGACGCUCAAGGUGCUGCGCGAGCUGUCAAUGGCGAAUGAGAGGGCGGACGAGGAGAGAGCUGUGCUAGAGCGAGUAGAACGGGAAGCAUUAAAGGAGCUGGACGAGAUACAAACGAACGAACAAGACGAGCGCAUACUCUCGCAGCUAAGAGCAAACCUCACACCAGAAGGCGAGCAAGCACUUGAUGCGCUCGCGUCCACCGCUGUGAUCCUCAACACACCGACCGCGAACCCUGAAACUAUUGCACACGCUCUUAUCCAACACACCGUCACCUCACAGACCCUCACCAAUCAGCUCACACAUAUACAAGCACUGCAGGGUUAUGUAGACAAGCAGCACUCCCUCCUCCGCACCCAACUUCAUCAACUCCAAACCGAUCCCGCAUUCACCACCCCCGCGAACCUCCAGCGCCAGACGACCGAACAAACCCGCCAGGUGAAGCACCUCCGUACCAAGAUCCGCGAAUACGAAGACAAGCUCUCGUCCCUUCAAUCCUCGCAAUCGCGAAACAUGACACCGGGUUCGAAUAUCGCAUCUGCAGAGGCGAUAGGCGAUAUGUUGGAGCAGCAAAAGGCUCUGGAUGAGUUGCGAGAGAGGGUAGAGGGGUUGGAGAUGGAAGUAAGCGAAUUUGCGGCAUUGCCUGCGGACAGAGAGGCUGCGAGGAAAGAAGUAGGCAAGCUCGAGGUUAGGCUUGAUGAGGCUCGGAGGAAAAGAGAUGAGUUGUUUGAAGGGUUGGUGCAACAGAAAUAG